AUGCAUUUGGAAUUGUUCCUAUUUUCUAUGCUAUUGAUGGAUGGAGUAAUCGCCCAGGAUCCUCCGGCUGGUGGCGGCAAGCCACCUAAAAAAGAUGCCGUAAGGGAGAAUCGAAAGGAUGUAGAAAUUCCACAGGCAGAACUUGAUACACAGGUGCCGGCCGUGCUCGUACAAUCUAAAGAUGUGCCUUUUUUCCACAAUUUCGAUUCUUUCUUUUCUACAAUUUAUCCGAUGACAUGCGGAAGCAGUGUUCAAGUUGGCCCAAAUAUAGAUGGCGUGGCAAGAUGCAAUCCAGACUUCAACGACAUCGUUCAAAUACAAGCAGAUGACCAGUUGGAAGCAGAAUUAUGUAUGAGGGUGCUCAUAUGUAAACCCGGAGUCGGAAACGAAAUGUGCAAACAAGAUAGCAUAAAACUUUGGUUCCCUUACGGGAGGAAAGUGGUGGACAUAUCAUCCGUUAAGGACUAUGCACCCUCUACUAUUGAGGUUAAAAAGGGAGAACUUGUCAUCAACGUUGACCCAGGAUGUCAAUUAAAAUUGAAUUUUGCACAUUUUAUGCGACACAGAUUCUUAAACAAACCUCCAAAGAUUAGGCAGAUCAUGAAGAAGUAUCCAGGCUUCUAUCUCCAACCUUCAUUCCAUCAUCCCCGGAGACUUUACAAAGGCGGUAAUUCGGUUUUUUUGGGAGAAUCCUUGCAACUAGGAAAGAACGUACUUAAGAAGAUUAAAUGUAAUGCUGAAUGUGAUGAAGGCCAGAUGUUCUAUUUCAAAAUGAAUCCGAACUCUCCUUUCUAUUCAAAAAUUUUCGUCGAUGCAGCUAUUUGUGAAUGGUUCAAGGUCUGCAUAGGUGGCCAACAAGGAGCAGUCACAGAGAAAUUCUUCUGCCGUGACGCCGAUAUGGUCAAUGUUUACGUUAAAAAUGCUUUCGUUGUUAUGCCUGGAGCUUUGAAUGGAGCCACUAUAAGACUGGCAAAAAGCUCGAAACCUGGUUCGAGAGGUGACAUGCAUAAGAAACGUCCCACUCAAAUUGGCUUUGAUUAUGAUGGUGAAAGGUUCUCGAUAUGGUCUGUUGGGAGAGAACGCGUAGCUUCUUCGGCGAGUGUAAAUCAUGACGGUCACAUUAUUCUUUAUUUUUCCGAUCACAAUUGUCUCAUUAAGAAAUACGGGAUAAUGCGUCUUGGUGAAAAUAAUGGAAUAGUUUAUCAAAUAGAUGAGAAAAAACCAGUCGAUAAUGUAUCAACUGGAAAAGGUGACUUUGUCACUUAUUCGCCCGCUCCUACACGAAGUCCGUUGCCUACAGUGGAAACGGAAAAACCGACACCUAAUGCAUCAGCGGUUGCAGCUGCGACAACAACCGCACCACGAGACAUUGGAGAUCUUCUUGGAGGAGGUGAUGGUACAGCAGGUAAAAAAGCUCGAACAGGAUGGCUGAUUUGGGCUAUAUUUUAUGGUUUUUUCGUUGGCUGUCUUAUCGCACUAAUACUUGGUGGUCUCAUACUGUAUUUUGCUCGUCGUACCUUCUACGCAGACUGGUACCGCGGAAUGUAUAAGCGUUAUGGCUGUGAUGCAUCAGGUGUUACUGGUGGAGUUACGGGAAGUCAGUUCGGAGCCACUUCAACUGGAGCAGGAGGCUUGUCUACAAUGGGCACCACAACUGGAGGAGGAACUACUGGCAGCAAUUCUACAAUGGGCACUACUGGCGGCGGUUCUACAAUGGGAGGCACUCCUACUUCUACUUCAGGCGGCACGACAGGGGGAACAGAAGGAGGAACAACAGGAGGUGGUACAACAGGUGGCGAUACGGUACCAAUGUGA